AUGGGAUCUAUUCUUCAUAUUCUAUUGUUGAUUUCUUCAUUGACAAUCUCAAUAAAUUGUGAUUGUAUUCGAUAUAUUGAAUCAGAUAGUUCAAUAGUUGAAUUGGCAACAAUUCAAAGAUCACAAGGAACAUUGAAUUAUACAGAAUGUUUGUCUGUUUGUCAAUUAAAUGCAUCAUGUGUUAUUGCAUCAAGUCUUGCUUCUGGUGAAUGUUUAACUGUUGAUUUUGGAAAUGCUAAACUUGUUCAUCAAAGUGGUCAAUAUUUGGGAUCAAAAUUAUCAAUCAAAGUAAAUAUUCCGGAUGAUUCAUGUGAUUUGACAGAUGAAGAAGUAUUACAAGGACUUCGAAUGAAUGGAUUGACUGGUUCAACUAAUUUUGCAAAAUAUAGAUAUUGGCAAAUUAUGCAAAAAGAUCCUAAUCAUAUUGUUUUCAAUCAUGUUUUGAAACUUGAUCAUGGUGAUUGUUGGGAUUCCUGGUAUGAAGGAGAUCAACAAUUCUGCUAUACUGUAAUCUUUUUUCUAAAUAGUGCCUCAGAUUUAAAUAAUUUCAAUCAUUUUCAGUUCUUAUACGGUGAUUAUGAUUUGACAACAGCUCGUGAAACAUGUGCUCUUUUCAAUGCUCAUUUAUAUGGAGCUGCUUUACCAGAUGAUGAUGCAUGGUAUGCUGCACUUGGAAUGAGAAGAAAUUCAAUUGUCAAUGGCUCGAUUCUUUUGGGAGCUCGUAGAAAAUAUACUUGUUUGGGACAAUCAACUGGAAAAUGUGCAAAAGGAAAAGGAUUUGAAUUUACUGAUGAAUAUGUUACUGAAUUACAUCCACGUAAAUUCAGAUUUGCAACUGGAUAUCCAAUCGCUGGAAAGUAAGUCUAUCCAAGAAUGUUUGUACGGCGGCGUGUUCUUAAACCUUGCCCAAUUUCCAGAGAUUGUUAUGCUCUCCAAGUUCCACUUGCAACAAAUGGAUCAAAUUAUCAAUUCAUCAAUGUUAAUUGUGAUGGAAGUUCUGAAGAUCUUGUUGGAAUUGCCUGUGCUGCUCCAUUGAUUCGUGAUCUUCCACCAAAUUAUUGA